AUGCCACUGCCAGCCUCCAUUGCCAAGUCCGUUCGCUAUCAGUCGACUUCCGUCUCUGACCCGCCGCCUGCGACCAUGGUGGGUCUCAAUGGUUUUGGGCGAAAUGAAAGAUCCUUCGCCAGUGAAGGCGAGAUACCGCUACUAGAAGACAGCACUGAUGAAUCCAUUCGCCAGCUGCAAGGUAGUAUUCCCAACUCUACCUCAGUAAAAGUGCAGAUAAACUCUGCACCUCUAGAUGAUCCGUUUGAUGCAUAUACACUCCACGACGUGCUCGGCAAGGAAUCAGAUCGUCUGUCAGAGUGCGAUAGCAAAGGCUGGACAUCGCUGACUAGUGCUCGAAUGGACGAUCAACUCAUGGAUCCCAGAGAACUUUACUCGUACAUUACUCAGUCCCUCAGUUCAAUGCCGCCACGCAUAUACAUGCGAGUGCGUGGCUGUCACCAGGCAGCGACGCAGGGCGAUAGUUCACGAAGCAGCACAAACAGCCAGAGAAAUGACGCGGUCGUUGACUUUGAUUUCGUCGUAUCGAUGCGAGGGUUUCUAGGGCAACAUAAUGAUCCUACAUGGCACACGUGUAGUGUGGCGUCAGACCAUAUUCGCACCUAUCGAGGAACAUUCACAGAGACCACCGGCCAGGGCGAGGAGUAUCCAAGUUUUCAACAGUUUGCCACGGAAAAUGAAGGGAUCUUCAGACGCUUCACAAAUCCGUGGCAUUAUCUUAUGAGGUGGAGAAGGAGAUUGCGUAGCGGAGAACCAUCGCAGACAUCUUCAUGGAACUUCCCAGCAUCAUCACCUGUUGGCUCAAAGGCAUCAACGAACUGGAGUUUGUUCAACUCCUUGGCUUUACUUGAAACUUCUCUAGAAGAUCAUCCGGACUGGCGCAGCCACAAUUCCGGCGCCAAGAGGCAUGAUGGUGGAUCGUCGCGGCCCACAAUUUUCCUCUCGACAACAAGCGAGCAUCCGUCUGGGUACGAACGAAGCCUACUUGAGUGGUGCGAAGACUACUGCAAUUAUAAAACUCCUCGCAAGGCCUUCCGCAUAACCCGAAAGAUCAACGGCUUAGACAUUGCGGCGCUCAGAACGCAUGUGACCGCCUUGCUAUACUCGCAUCACGUCGGAAGAAUUGAAAUUGGCUUUACGACGGUCGAUGAGCGCAUCGAUAUCUAUCCGCCAGGAUCUCUUCAUCAAAUUGUCGCUGAGCAGCGCGCGAUUCACGCGUGUUUCAAAACUUUCGGCUUCAUCGCGAUUGGCCUCAUUGGCAUCUGCUCGGUGGCCUUUGUUUUUGUAACAUGCAUUCUGUUACUACAUAUCGGCUUAGCUAUUGGCGAGGUUCAAGAAUGGGCGGUUGUUGCUCACGGCGCCUUUCUGUACUUUCGGACUUUCCUCACUCUGAUAUGCGUAAGUGUCGCGAUCGGAGUCCUGGCUACUCUAAUCCGCAGAUGGGUAAAUGCUCAUUUCGGUGUGAGGAAGUGGGCGAUCUACAACGUGGACUGGACAGUGUGGCAAUGGGAUGGAUCUCAAGGCCAGCAGCGCGUAAAGAGAUAUGCGGGUCUCAAUGAGGCGCAAUGGGUUCAAACUCAUGCUCAAUUUCUGUGCAGGCUGGUUAUGAAUAAGUUUCAAGGCGACGCAACGGACUUGAUGGAUAUUCUCGUGCCAUCAAUUUGA